AUGGCCGCAUCCGUACAGUCCCAAGCUCCCGUUGCCAAGACGGCAGGCGGGAAUGUAGCAUACCACAAUUUCCAUAACGACUUCAUCCAUGUACAGGACCCUAACGAGCGUCGUCGUCUCGCCCUCGCCGAGAUCGACAAGGCUCCUUUCGGCUGGUACCAUGUGCGGGCUAUCCUCGUCGCCGGCGUGGGCUUCUUCACGGAUUCGUACGACAUUUUCGCCGCUUCCCUCCUGACCCUCAUGCUGGGAGUUGUCUACUACCCUGGUGUGGGAAAGAUGCCUACCAGCUCCGACACCGCGAUCAAGCUGGCUACGAGUGCUGGAACUGUCAUCGGGCAAUUCGGCUUCGGCACCCUCGCUGACAUCGUCGGCCGCAAGAAAAUGUAUGGUCUGGAGCUUAUCAUCAUCAUCUUUGCGACGGUUGCUCAGGCCCUUACCAGUGGCUCUGUCUCGAUGAAUGUGAUUGGACUCAUCAUCUUCUGGAGAGUGCUAAUGGGAAUCGGCAUCGGUGGUGAUUACCCCCUGUCAUCCAUUAUAACCUCGGAGUUCGCUACGACCAAAUGGCGCGGAGCUAUGAUGGGGGCCGUUUUCGCCAUGCAAGGACUCGGCCAGCUGGCUGCCGCCUUUGUGAUGCUUUUCGUCACCCUUGGCUUUAAAGAUUCCCUAGAGACUUCAACCAAGCUGGCAAACUGCACUGGAGACUGCGCCAUUGCUGUAGACAAGAUGUGGAGGACUCUUAUUGGAGUUGGCGCUGUCCCCGGAUGUAUCGCCCUUUACUUCCGUUUGACUAUCCCCGAGACUCCUCGAUACACUUUCGAUGUCAAAAUGGACGUGGAGAAGGCAGACGAGGACACCAAGCUGUAUGUCAGCGGCAAGAGGGGCGAGGCAUCUGUCGACGAGAUCGCCCGGUUGGCUGCUCAGAAGAAUGCCAACGAGAACAUGAAGGUUGAGAAGGCUAGUUUCAAGGACUUCAUGCGUCACUACGCCAUUCCGAAGAAUGGAAUGCUCUUGGCUGGCUGUGCUCUCUCCUGGUUCUUCCUCGACGUUGCCUAUUACGGUCUUUCCUUGAACAACGCUACGAUUCUGAACGCCAUCGGCUACUCGACUUCACACGCCAAGAACACUUACGAGAUCAUGUACAAUACCGCUAUCGGCAACUUGAUCAUCGUCCUGGCUGGUGCUGUCCCAGGAUACUGGGUCACGGUCGCAACCGUCGACACAAUUGGCCGCAAGCCGAUCCAGCUGGGCGGGUUCAUCAUCCUCACGAUUCUCUUCAUCAUCAUGGGAUUUGCCUACGACAAACUCGGCCAGAACGGCCUGCUCGCAGUUUACGUCCUGGCCCAGUUCUUCUUCAACUUCGGCCCCAACUCGACGACCUUCAUCGUGCCCGGCGAGUGCUUCCCGACUCGGUACCGAUCUACGUCCCACGGUAUCUCCGCGGCCUCGGGCAAGAUCGGCUCUAUCAUCGGCCAGGGUGCCAUCGCUCCCCUGCGCACCCGCGGCGCCACCAAGGACAACGCCAGCCCUUGGCUCAACCAUGUGCUCGAGAUCUUUGCGCUCUUCAUGCUCUGCGGUGUCUUCUCGACGCUGAUGAUCAAGGAGACCAAGAGGAAGACCCUUGAGGAGCUCGCCGAGGAGGAUGACUACGCCACCCGCGGCCUGUCCUCGAACGCUGGGUCCGGGGAGGGCGUCCUGGAGAAGGACAGGGAUGCGCGGACCCCCGAGGAAAGCGUCUAG